UUGGAAUCCAAAAACCAAUAAAUCUAUUAUAUAAGCAGUAGACAUUAUAAACAUUUUCAGAACCCUAAAGAAAAAUGACAUCAUCUUCUCCCUCCCAACUUUUUUUAUUAUCAUUCAUUCUUUGCAUUCUCUUCCAAGAACACACUCAUGCCCUUAAAAAGACUUAUAUUGUAUACUUGGGAGGACAUUCUCAUGGUCCAAAUCCUUCUCUUGAUGAUCUUGAUUCAGCCACCAAUUCACAUUAUGAUUUACUUGCUUCAAUCUUAGGAAGCCAUGAGAAGGCAAAGGAAGCAGUUAUGUAUUCUUACAAUAAGCACAUAAAUGGAUUUGCUGCAUUGCUUGAAGAUGAAGAGGCAUCAAAGAUUAAAAAGAACUCGAAUGUGGUUUCUGUUUUCUUGAGCAAAGAAUAUAAGUUGCAUACUACAAGGUCAUGGGAUUUUCUUGGAUUGGAAAAAGAUGGAGGAAUUUUACUUGAUUCUGCUUGGUGGAAGGCAAGAUUUGGAGAAGAUUCUAUCAUUGCUAAUUUAGAUUCAGGUGUUUGGCCAGAACAUGAGAGCUUCAGCGGUAUCGGCUACGGUCCAGUGCCACCAAAGUGGCGUGGGAAUGGGGUCUGUGAGAUUGAUCAUUUUAUUACUUCUUCAAAUGCAACAACAUUCUGCAACAGAAAGCUAAUUGGAGCAAGAAUAUUCAGCAAAAACUACGAAGCAAGAUAUGGAAAUCUCAACCCUGCAAACCUCACAGCACGUGACUUCAUUGGCCAUGGAACACACACCUUAUCAACAGCCGCAGGUAACUUUUCACCUGACGUAACAAUAUUCGGCAAUGGCAAUGGCACUGCAAAAGGUGGAUCCCCUAGAGCACGUGUGGCAUCCUACAAAGUGUGUUGGUCAAAAACUGAUGUAGCUGGAUGUCAUGAAGCUGAUAUUCUAGAAGCGUUUGAUCAUGCUAUAAAUGAUGGUGUUGAUGUGAUUUCGACUUCGUUGGGUGGUUCUAAUCCUUAUGUUGAAGCUUUCUUUACGGAUGGGAUUUCGAUUGGGGCGUUUCAUGCGGUUGCGAAGAAUGUUGUUGUUGUUUGUUCUGCUGGGAAUGAUGGGCCUGGUCCAAGGACUGUUACGAAUGUUGCUCCUUGGUCUUUUACUGUGGCGGCUAGUACAAUUGAUAGGGAGUUUGUCAGUCAGAUUUCUAUUGGUGGCAAGCAAUAUAUUAAGGGUGCAAGUCUUAGUAAAGGCUUGCCAUCAGGUCCAACACAGAAAGUAUAUCCAAUGAUUCAUUCUAUCGAUGCUAGAUUUCUUAAUGCAACAAUUCAAGAUGCUCGUUAUUGCAAGCCUAGAACACUUGAUCCUACCAAAGUAAAGGGGAAGAUAUUAGUCUGCACUCGACUAGCCGAAACAACGUCUAUUGCUCAAGGCUUUGAAGCUGCUCUUGCAGGGGCAAUAGCAGUUUUUGUGAUCAAUGAUGAGAAAAGUGGAAGUAUACUUCUAGCUGAGCCUCAUCCUUUACCUGGUGCAAGUAUGGACGCUAAUCAGGAUGACGAUAUUGAUGAACGCGAAUGGUUUGGAAAAGGUGGUACCGACAAUAACGUUACCAGGAGAAUGCUUGCUUACAUGUCGGCUUCAACAACAUAUACCGGAUUAAAGCCAGCUCCAAUUAUGGCUGGAUUUUCAUCUAGGGGUCCUAGUGCAGUGCAGCCAUUGAUACUCAAGCCUGACAUAACUGCUCCUGGAGUGAACAUAUUAGCUGCAUACUCACUAGGCACCAGUCCAUCUAAUCUACCUUCCGAUCCACGUCGAACUCCUUACAAUAUUCAACAAGGAACCUCCAUGUCUUGUCCUCAUGUUGCUGGCAUUGUCGGUCUUCUCAAAACACUUCAUCCUACUUGGAGUCCAGCCGCUAUCAAAUCAGCCAUCAUGACUACUGCAACCACGCUCGAUAACACCAAUCAACCAAUUCGUGACGCAUUCAAUAACAUAUCAACUCCAUUUGAAUAUGGCUCUGGACAUAUUCAACCUAACCUCGCAAUGGAUCCUGGUCUUGUUUAUGAUCUAAACACAACAGAUUACUUGAACUUCAUAUGUGCUUCUACUCACAGUCAAAAUAUACUAAAAUUCUUUAACGAAACCUCGUUCACUUGUCCUGAAUAUUACAACAUUGAAAAUCUCAACUAUCCUUCAAUCACGGUAUAUAACCGAGGAUUAAACACCAUAAACAUCACUCGUACUGUUACGAAUGUUGGUUCUCCAAGCACAUAUAUUGCUCAAGCUCAACAUCCUGAAGAGGUUAAGGUUUAUGUUCAACCAAGUUCUUUAACUUUUACAAAAAUUGGAGAAAUGAAAACAUUUCAGGUGAUUCUUGAAGUAACAGGUGUGCCUCCUAGUGGUUUUCCAGUAUUUGGGAACUUGAGAUGGACAAAUGGUAACCAUAUGGUGACUAGUCCUAUUGUGAUUCUGUAAGGUUAGAAAACUCUUAUGAAGAACAUUGUGUUCCUGUUUUUAAGAUUAUGUGUUAUUGUUGUGUAUUGUUAUUAGGUUGGUAAGGUAGAUUGUGUUUAUUUAGUAUUGGAAUGUUAACUGUAUUGUAUUGAACAAAUGUUAUGGUGGAGUUAUGUUUUUUUUUUUUUUUGACAAAAUGGUGGAGUUAUGUUUGUAAUAGGCACUUUACUAAUAAUGUAUGGGGUUUGUUUGGAUAUGGUGCUAGAACAAAAGUGGUGUUAUGUGGCAAUGUGUAUGCGAAAUGUGAUGUAUGAGCUUUUUUAAGCAGCAAAAAGAACUAUUAUAUAAAUUGCUCAUAGCAGCACAAGAUAUGCUGGGAAUGAGCACCAAAUACACAGGUUUGACAGCAACCAAGCCGUACCUAAAUACAAACAAAUAACACCCAACACAUAUUCUAACAAACAACUGCAAACCAACAACCACCACAUACAAUCCACCAAACGUCCUCACAAAAUGCAUAGGACUCGGCAAGCUCCAACAGGAUGAAGGCACAAAGCAUACAAGCAGUGCAAACAGAAGGAAACACAGCAGAAGAAAUUCGCCGACAGGAACACUGAAACCACAGCAGCGGCACCAAAACGUAGCACCCGCGGCUGCAAAAAGAAACCAGAAACCUGUGACCUGAUAAAAGGAAUCAAAUGCAGCACAUGCCAGCUAUUAUAGAGGCACUUCAAAAAUAAACCAUCCUGUCAUGCAAGCUUCAACCAAACACCGAUUCUGACCUCGAGAAAUUGGACCCAACAUAAAUCAUCCUUAAUCAACUUUGAUUUUUUCUUAAGCCAUUUCCAAGAGUAUACUUUAGCUUCCUCUAUCACAUUUUCAAUAUGAAUUUCUUCAUUGGGACUCAGAUUGAAAGUAAAGUGUUUUGGGAGAUGAUAUUAAUGUCAAAGUGGAUUAGGAGAUGGUGUGUGGUUAGAGAUUUCAACUCGGCUAGGGAUAAAGAUGGGAGAAGUAGGAUGAAUCUAAAGAUUUGGAGAUGGUGUGUUUCAAAGAUAAGAUGGACUACUAGGGGAGAAACUAAAAUCAUUACUACCGAAUAUACAAGUCAUAACUCGUAUCUCUCUGUUCAACCACAUUACCAUUCUUGCAACUAUCUAAAUAAAAUCAUUGUCUAACACAAAAUUAUACAAAGAGUAU